AAAUGCAAACGACGGGAGAAAAGUUGCUGCAAACGAAUGCGAGAAGGCCGACACGUCAGGGAACUGCGUUCCGAAGUGAACGAGCACUACAGGAAGAGAAAAAAAUCAGGAGACCACGGUCUGCCUAACGGAACAACCGCGAAACUGAGUCUUAGGAAAUCAGGAGACCCGCGGCGUUCCCCCAAAAAAGAGACCCCGCAAGAAAUAAUUGCUGUUUUGCGCGCUCGCGGCCCACCCAUAGAGUGCUGCAUUUUCCCUGUCGUUUUCAACCGAAAAGCUCUUCAGUUGAAAUGCAUCGAAAGUCACACGUCUUCUUUCCCUGCACCUCAAAUCCUCGACGGCACUUCACGGUUCCCACACAGAAUACAACCUGUCAAAACAGUGUUUGUUUCCACUCUUGAAAAUGUCUCGGAGUCAAAAGGCACCUGCUUUUCAACGGUCCCGUGAGUCGCAAGAAAGAAAGAGAUCUGUAUACUGGGUUCUCUUCACCUCUGCUGAGAUGUGCACCAGUUCUCAUGUGACUCCCACUCCCACACUCUACAUAUAUAUACAUAUAUAUAUA